AUGUUCCAGAUUUACGCAAACUCAUAUUGCAACAUCUCGGCAACCGCGGCGAUUGAUGCAACAACAGGUCUCUUCUUCCCGCGUGACUCGCAAUACCUGUGGGAGGAUGAAAUCAACCUCAACACAGAUGGUUUACUCCGAGUUCAAAGAUAUCAGAAGCAAGCAAAGCUGCCGCGUGGUUAUACUCCACUUGUGCGGCGAUGUGAGGUCUUCGAUCUUGCGUUCUGGGACCGGCGAGUGGAGAGCUCACCUGUCAAUCGACGGGCAUGGGUAUUGCAAGAACGGUUACUGGCCCCGAGAGUGCUGCACUUUUGUCAGGAUCAGAUCGCUUGGGAAUGUCCGGAGCACGAUGCCGCUGAAUCUUUUCCUGAUGGUCUGCCAAAUUUUGAGCUCAGAAAUGGGAAAAUUGAACAGAAGGUUCGAUUGAAGGGCUUGCUAUCUUAUCGACUCACAGAAAGUGACUUUGGCGAGCAAGUCCUCAUAGAUCCAGAACAGACCUCUGAGAUGGUACACGAUCAUUGGAAUUUUGUGGUCGAGCGCUAUUCAACCACGGGCCUCUCCUACGAAGCAGACAAACUCAUUGCACUUGCCGGAAUUGCGGAACUGAUGGCGAACCGGAUUGGUGGCAAAUACUUGGCGGGAAUGUGGACGAGGUACCUUGCUAGCCAGCUCACGUGGCGCGUGAAGACAGCAUAUGAGAAUGGACGUCUGCUGUAUCCAUCAAGGCGGCCGAAGACCUACCGUGCUCCGACGUUCUCCUGGGCUUCGGUGGACGCACCACAAGGCGUGCAGUUUGAGGCCACCAAAAGGCAGAGAGAGCUUCACAUCUCUGUGCGGAGGUUUGAAACACAUCCACAAACAAUGAGUCCCUUCGGACCACUGAGCAUGCCCGGGAACCCACACGAUACGUCUGAGGUAUGUUUCGUCGACAUCGACUGCUCAAUGACGCCAGUCACGAUAGAAUUGCGCGACUCCGAAGGUAACCCAGCACAUCAUUGUAAGUUUUGGCGCGAGUUAGAAGGGUCUUACCUUGAGGACGCCCAAGAGGCCGCACCACUAUUCAUUGGCCGGCUUCUCGACCAUGCAGAUGUUGCCGACCGACAGCGUGGCUCGGUUGGGAACAACACAGACCUUGAUCAAGUUGCUUCGCUGCAUGAAGUGCCCUUCCACCCUACUAACAGCAACACCGAGCAAGUCCAGGCAGGUGCCGGAAGGGAAGCAUCGUCUGCGAAUGCACAGUCAACCUAUGACAAUGACACGACCGGACAACGAGAACGUCUAGUAGAAUAUGCAACACGUGCACUAAAGCUUCGACCGCCCCGAAUCCCGUACGUGGAAGCCAAGCCAACUGUAGGGGUGUAUCUGGAUUGUCCCGAAGACGACGGUGACGAGCUGGAGAAUCCUGAGGCCGAAAGCUACUGUGUACCGGCGUCAACGAAUUCGGUUGGUGAUUUGAUCUGCUUGCUUGUCCAGCGAGAACGGCAGUCCCAAAAAGAAUUAUAUCGUCGUGUAGGGUUGCUCACGUUCCCAGCGUUUCUCCCAGGUGAUCAAGAGGUGGUUUUGGAGCAAGCCAGGAGACAUCAAGCUCAGAUACGGUUGAUAUGA